GAGAAGACCGAGUCCGGUCCGAGACUGACAAACGCAAAAGUUCGCUCUUCACAAGCCUAGUAAACAGCCGGGUAGUGUCUCCGAGCACAGGCCUUUGGGUUGGAGAUAAGGCGCCGAAAUUUUCUACAAUCUGUGUAAUCUUGAAACGUGUUUUCAAGCCAGGGUUUUGCAUAAUUGAGGGAAAUUGAACACAAGAGAGACGUUUAAAGGAGGCUUUUGUUUUUGCACAAGAAUGGGUGAUCACAUGGUUUUGUGUGUGGACCGUCUCAUUACGCCUGAAAGUUUGCAGUCGCUGCAAGGAACUACUGCUCCAGGAUCUUCUUUGGAAUCUUCAUCUUCUCAAAAUGCAGAGCCAUCUGUCUGUGCUAUUGCUGUUGAAGAUGUGGAUGAACAUGAAGGGUCUGAAGAAGACCCCCUUAUUCAGACUGUUGAAUGUCGAAUAUGUCAAGAAGAGGAUAGUAUUAAGAAUUUGGAGAUUCCUUGUGCUUGCAGUGGCAGCUUGAAGUAUGCUCACAGGAAAUGUGUCCAGCGAUGGUGCAAUGAAAAGGGCGAUAUAACUUGUGAAAUCUGUCAUCAGAAUUAUCAGCCUGGUUAUACCUUGCCCACACCACCGCCUCGCAUGGAAGAUGCCACCAUUGAUAUCAGUGAAGGUUGGGCAGUUUCUGAAACUGCUUUAGAUUUGCAUGAUCCACGGCUUUUGGCAAUGGCAGCAGCAGAACGCCACUUUCUUGAGGCAGAAUAUGAUGAAUAUGCAGAUGCGAGCGCAAAUGGAACAGCAUUUUGCCGUUCGGCUGCUCUGAUUUUAUUGGCUCUUUUACUGUUGAGGCACGCUCUAUACCUUACAAAUGGUGAUGGUGAAGAUGAUGCUUAUACUUUCUUCUCGCUUUUAUUACUCCGAGCUGCUGGGUUUCUUCUUCCUUGCUACAUUAUGGCAUGGGCCAUCAGCAUACUACAGCGUCGAAGACAAAGACAGGAAGCUGCAGCACUUGCAGCAACUGAAGUUGCAUUUAUGCUGCAGGCAGCACAAGGUCAGAGCCUUCAGUUUACUCUCGCACCAGGGCCUGUAGUUACUCCUCAUCAAGAGCCACUCCAAUAAUGAUGUUGCUUCAUGCAGUGAGUGCAGAGAGGAAUUAUAUAUAUUAACUUCAAGCUAAAUUUGUUCCACUGUAUUUCACCUUGGUUUUUUUUCCCUAAAAAAUCAGUAAACUGUGUCAUUCUUACUAUAUGCCGCUUAGAGCUCUCUCUAAGCUUCUUCUUCGUUCUCAUUUAAACCUGGUGCCUCUUGCAUUCUGUCAUCUUCAAUAUCUGAGUUGUGUCUGUAUAUAAUUCUGGAUAUCAAUGAAUCAGUGAUGGCUACUCCACAGAUUUGAGUUGUUUUAUUCAAAAUGUUCUGCUGUAUAA